GCACUGCAUGUGCAUAUCAUUUAAAUAACUUUCUGCAGCGCAGCACAAGUGUAAAACUGCAGCCACUAUCCGGCGGCUCACCUGCUGCACCGCCCGCCGCCUCCGCCGCCGGAGAGCCCACCAGCGGCCCAUGGUCCAUAUUUGGAUGCAACAGCAACAGCAUCUGCAUGUGCAUCUGCAUCACUUAAGGACAACUUCGACAUCGCCACCAGAUCCGAGUGUCUGCGUCGGUCUCCAGACACUCUGCAGACGCGAGACAUGCACUUGUCUUCGGCUGGCUGGGUCAGCCUCAGUCCCCAACUCCAUUCCCGCGGCAGCUCCAUCCCCCAACCCCCAUCCCCCAUCCCCAUUAUCCAUCCUCCGGCAAAGACAUUCAUUGUCAAUUUUGACAAUCAACAAGACACGGCUGCCAUCAGCAGCAUCCACAUACAGGCGAGAAAUAGAUAUGGUGCAAUCGAGAAUAUCAGGCGGUCGCAUUUUCUCGCAGUGCCGGCAGCAACGCAGCGUUUACGACCAUAACAAAGUAGAUAUGCCCGGCACAACCAAAUUUUUCUUAUUUAAGACUAAAAAACCGACUCGCGCAAAUCACUUCAUACUUGGUUCUUAG